AUGAACUUUAAUAAUGAUGCUUCUGCCGACAAUGCACCAAAUGAUACUAAGGACGAUGUUCAGCAUGUUAUAAAAACAGGAGAGGAGCCUCCAAUGGCGUCACCGAAGAGUGACACCGAAGCGCAAAUAUCCACUACACCAACUGCUACUGAAACUAUUCCUAUGUCUAUACCCCCGGCGGUUCCUCCUCGUACAUUCACGUCGCAUGCCCCAAUUGAAACACAUGUGCCACAAAGGCCCGUGGUGAGAACUCCUUUGUGGCAAAAACUUGCGUUUGUUUUGCUUAUAACCGGCACUUUUGGUGCAUUAAUGAUUGCAGCGAUCAAGAAAUUCUUUGGUCCAAUGAUUACCUCUAUUAUCUUUGCCAGGCAACAACUCUAUUCACAUCAACUUUCUCUUUUUAGAAAAUUCAAUGAAACGCUUUUAUCAUUCGUAUCCCUGCUAAGAACAGCUCGUGUGUCGUCACAUGACAACUCGGAUGAUGAUGAUUUACCAACUCCAACUGACCAAGAUGAAAUAUCAACACCACCAUCUUUACUUGCACCACUUUCAACCGAUUUAACAACAUUGACAGAAAGACUAAAUACGUAUCAAGAAAGUUUAGAAAAGAAUAAUGACAUAUCUGAUUUAAAACUUUCGUUUAAUGCAUUGACAACAUAUCUCACGGAAAACACAUAUCCAUAUAAAAUUUGGACUAAUAAUGAACGUGGAGAUUCAGCUGUUGCAAAGUUCAAAGAAGAAAUUAGGGGGUUAAAAGGAUUACUAAUCAAUCGUAGAAAUUUUCCCAAAAUCCCUGCAUCACCAACUACCUACUCAACACAAUCUUCAGCAUCUAAACUACCAACAGGAUCACAAAUACAAGAAAUCGAAUGA